UUUUUAUUUCAAAGAAUUUGUUAUAUUUUUUAAAAAUGGAUUUUCAUCGAGCAAUGCAGCAGCAACAACAACUUCCACCUCAUUUAAUGACUUCUACAUCCUUAAAUAUUGCUGCCUCAAUGCCUGGAACGUCAACCAAUAUCAAUCAAUUCCCAAGCCAUUUACAAACUCAUUUGGAUCAAAUGUCUUCUAUUCCAUCGACAACAGCAGCAACAGGAAUGAGGUCACAAGAGACUGCUGAAGAGGCUAGAAAACGUUUUGAAAUUGAAUGUGAAUUUGUUCAAGCAUUGGCGAAUCCAGCUUAUUUAAAUUAUUUGGCUCAGAAAGGUUAUUUCAAAGCUGAUUACUUUGUCAACUAUCUCAAGUACCUUCUCUAUUUUAAAUGGCCAGCAUAUUCGAGAACUCUCAAAUACCCUCAAUGCCUAUAUUUACUCGAAUGUUUACAACAUGCCGAGUUUCGUGAAGCUAUAGCAUCGACUGACAAUGCUCGUUAUAUUGAAGAUCAACUUUUGCUUCAAUGGCAUUUUUAUAUGCGUGUUAGGCAACGCUUACAGCAACAUUCACAGCCUGUUCAACAACAGCAAUAA